UCCUUUGCUUGAAUGCUUCUAUAUUAUAUAUAUUCUACUAAUAUAUUGAGUUAGUGUGCUUCAGAAGCUGUAAAUGAAAGUGAAUCAGAAAUAAGAAUGUCUGAACAAAAUAGAAAAAAAACUAUAAGGGACUAUAUUCAGAUAACUUAUGGUCUCAGAAAUAUGGUGACCCCAUUUCAGUAAUAUCAAUCUUUUGCAUCUUUCUGAUUUUUUCACCACCUCACCAGCCACUGUUUUUCCUGAGGGCUUGUGCUUGUGAUUAUUCUACACAUUCAACCAAGUUGGAGUGGUGAGAAUCCAUCAUGGUUCUAGGCAUGAGAGGAAAGAACAGGAGAAGUGUCAUCGUUCAAAUUGAUUACCUCAUUCAUAUUCAGGAGAUUAAGCCAUGGCCUCCAUCACAAUCUCUAAGAUCCCUUCGUUCAGUGUUGAUAGAGUGGAAGAAUGGUGAAUGUGCAUCAGGUUCUACCAAUCUUGUUGCCCCUUCGCUUGGUUCGGUUAUAGGCGAAGGGAGAAUCGAAUUUAAUGAGUCAUUUAGGCUUCAUGUAACUUUGAUGAGGGAUAUGUCUGUAAGAGGUGGUGAAGCUGAUGUGUUCCAAAAGAAUUGCUUAGAGUUCAACUUGUAUGAGCCUCGUAGAGAUAAGAUUGUAAAGGGUCAGUUGUUGGGCAGUGCCAUCAUAGACUUGGCAGAUUAUGGUACACUUAAAGAGACCUUGAGCACUAGUGUGCCUAUGAACUGCAAGAGAAGUUACAGGAACACAGAUCAGCCACUUUUGUUCAUUAAAAUUCAGCCUGUUGAGAGGAUUCGUGCUAGUCCCUCAUUGAAGGACAAUAAUGGCGGUGAUUCUGUAUCGACACUGAUGAAUGAAGAAUAUGCUGAGGAAGCUGAGAUUGCCUCUUUUACUGAUGAUGAUGUCUCCUCACAUUCAUCUGCGGCUGCAGUUUCUGCUUCCCAUGAGUCCAGUGAGUUUAACCCUCCGAAAUUGGAAAAGUCAUUGCAAUUGCAGAAUGAACCAAAUGGACAUGAUAGAAGCACCGGUGUGAAUGACAAAGAACGUCCCUUGGCUUCAGAAAUGGGGCUUAAAAACUUGAAUAUGGUGCAACAAGGUUCAUCUUACAUGGAUGUCUCUUCUUUUAUCAAGAGUCCGGUAAAUGAUCAUGGUUCUAUGUCAACCUCUCCUAACCGUAAUUCUUUGUCGAUCCAAAAGCAUGUUGCUUCACCUAGCGCUGAUUCUUCUUCCCUGUACUUGGAUGUAAAUUCUAGGAGCAGGACAAUAAGCAGUGGUCAUGAAAAUUUAGACCAGAUUUUUCAUGAAAAGGUUGGUAACUACAGAAAUAUAGUUGCAGCUGUUAAAAGAAACAAUACCGGAAGUACUUUUAACGGCUAUUCAAAUCACACAUCAUCUGAAUGUGAUGACAAAUUAAAUGGGAGAAGCAAGGAAGAUGACAAAUAUUUUGUGAAGGAGGGAGGAGGUAAAAAAAUUUGCUAUGGCUCUGUUGAGGACAUAAAUGGAAAUGAAAAUUCUAAUUUGGAUAGGCAAAACUGCAUGGAAGAUGAACAAUUGGUAGCACAAGUUGCCAAAGAUCAAUCCUUAUUAGGUAGUAAUUCAUGUUCUUUUGGUGGGUCAAAUAUUGGUAUCCAGGGAAAUGUUCUCAGAAGUGAAAGACUAAAGAACUUUAAAUCUGUGAAGUUACCAGCAGACUCGGCUAGGAAUGCUGGAACACCUGGUAGCGAUCAUCACGCUGAAGUAAAUGAAGAUGACAUUCUUGGAGAUGCACAAAGCAAUGGAGGGAACAGAAGCAAUGACGGAAGAGAUGCUAAGAUUUAUCUGAAGGAAACGAAAAAUGUUGAUGGAAAAAUAGGGCAUUUGGAAAAGAAAAUAAAGAUGCUUGAAGGAGAGUUAAGAGAAGCUGCUGCUAUUGAGGCUGCUUUGUAUUCAGUAGUUGCUGAGCAUGGAAGCUCCAUGAGUAAGGUUCACGCCCCAGCUCGACGCCUUUCCAGGCUCUAUCUUCAUGCUUGUAAAGAAAAUCUUCAGGGAAGAAAGGCUGGAGCAGCUAAAAGUUCUGUUUCAGGAUUAGUGCUUGUUACAAAGGCAUGUGGAAAUGAUGUCCCAAGGUUGACCUUUUGGUUGUCUAAUACUAUAGUGUUGAGAACAAUUAUAAGCCGAACCGCGAAAGAUUUUGUUCCAGCAGCUGGAUCUAUUAGGAGAAGAAAGACCGAAGGAGAGAGGAAUGUCAAGAUAACAUCCACAAUAAGGUUGAAAGGACUAAACACUGGAAAAAAUGAAAAUACAGAAUUAGGGUAUGGAGGUUUUGGUAACUGGGAUGAUCCCCAGGUGUUCAUGUUAGCACUGCAAAAGGUGGAAGCAUGGAUCUUCUCUCGCAUUGUAGAAUCUAACUGGUGGCAGACUUUGACUCCACAUAUGCAGAAUACAAGUUUGACCAACAUGGAAGUGGGUUCUGUUUCAAGAAAAAACUACAGAAGGACAUCUAGCUCAUGUGAUCAAGAGCAGGGUAACCUGUCACUAUAUAUUUGGAAGAAUGCCUUUAGAGAAGCUUCUGAAAGACUCUGUCCUAUUCGAGCUGGAGGGCAUGAGUGUGGUUGUCUGUCUAUGCUUCCUAGAUUGAUAAUGGAGCAGUGUGUGGCAAGAUUAGAUGUGGCUAUGUUCAAUGCUAUUCUUCGUGAGUCUGACAAUGAAAUACCAACUGAUCCUAUAUCUGAUGCUAUUAGUGAUCCCAAGGUUCUCCCCAUUCCACCUGGGAAAUCAAGCUUUGGAGCUGGUGCACAGCUAAAAUCCGUGAUUGGGAACUGGUCUAGAUGGUUGACUAAUCUAUUUGGCAUGGAUGAUGAUGACUCAAUUGAAGAUAAAGCUGAUUCUGAGAGCAAUGAUGAGAGACAAAAAGCAUCCUUCAAGCCCUUCAGUCUUCUUAAUGCACUAAGUGACCUCCUGAUGCUUCCUAAGGACAUGCUGUUAAGUGCAUCCAUCAGGAAUGAGGUAUGCCCGAUGUUUAAUGCACCACUCAUUAAGAAGAUUCUAGACAAUUUUGUCCCAGAUGAGUUUUGCCCUGAUCCUGUUCCCUCUAAUGUUUUUGAAGCUCUGAACUCAGAGAAUGAUAUGGAAGAUGGAAAGGAGUCCGUGAAAAACAUUCCAUGCAUUGCAGCUUCGAUUGUGUAUUCACCUCCACCAGCAACCUCCAUUGCAAGCAUUGUUGGGGAGAUGGGAAGCAAAUCUCAGCUAAGAAGAAACAGAUCUUCUGUUGUUAGGAAGUCAUACACCAGUGAUGAUGAGCUUGAUGAAUUGAAGUCCCCAUUGUCUUCAAUAUUCUUGAGUGUUUCAACAAAAUCCAGCUUGAAAUUCAAAGAAAAUCGCAAUGAAUCUCCUGUCAGAUAUGAACUCCUCAGGGAUGUGUGGAUGAACAGCGAGUGAUUUUGUGGUGGAUAGAUUCUACUCUCUUAAGUGAGCUUGUCUGUAUAGUUUGCAGGUAAAUGUGUAGCCACCUUUGGCUUGAUCCAAUAAAAUUCAAAGGUUGAAACAUCAUUGUUGGUGCAGUUUAGAGACAAACUCACUUUAAAGAAGCCUUUUCACUCUAGGUAUAGCAAAGCAUGAACAUCAUUAACAACAUAAA